AGUAGUGUUGGGCCAAAAGUUUAUACUCUUACCGCAAAUUUACAUUGCUGUUAUUUUAAUAGUAAAUAUUAAUUUUUUAUUGGUAAUUAUUUAUUAAAUAGGAAGCAUGUCUGAUGUUGAAGAUGAUUUUAUGUGUGAGGAAGAAGAAGAUUAUGGUCUCGAAUAUUCUGAGGAUUCAAAUUCGGAACCUGAUGUUGAUUUAGAGAAUCAAUAUUAUAAUAGUAAAUCUCUGAAAGAAGAUGAUCCAAAAGCAGCAUUACAAAGUUUUCAAAAAGUUCUAGACCUCGAAGCUGGUGAUAAAGGAGAAUGGGGUUUUAAAGCUCUUAAACAAAUGAUCAAAAUCAAUUUCAAACUUAAUAAUUACAAGGAAAUGAUGACGAGGUACAAGCAGUUAUUAACGUACAUCAAAAGUGCAGUAACGCGAAAUCACUCGGAAAAAUCUAUCAAUUCAAUUUUAGAUUACAUCAGCACUUCUAAAAAUAUGGAACUAUUACAAGAUUUUUAUGAAACAACUCUCGAUGCUCUAAAAGACGCCAAGAAUGAUCGAUUGUGGUUUAAAACAAACACUAAAUUAGGAAAACUCUACUUCGAUCGUUCAGAUUUCAAUAAACUGGCUAAAAUUUUGAAACAAUUGCAUCACAGCUGCCAAACUGACGACGGAGAGGAUGAUCUAAAAAAGGGGACUCAGUUAUUAGAAAUUUAUGCCCUGGAGAUUCAAAUGUACACUGCGCAAAAGAACAAUAAAAAAUUGAAGACUUUGUACGAACAGAGUCUGCAUAUCAAGAGUGCUAUUCCUCAUCCACUUAUUAUGGGAGUUAUCAGAGAAUGUGGUGGCAAAAUGCAUCUCAGAGAAGGCGAGUUUGAGAGAGCACACACUGAUUUCUUUGAAGCUUUUAAAAAUUACGAUGAAUCUGGAUCUCCGAGACGUACAACGUGUCUUAAAUAUCUCGUUCUUGCUAAUAUGUUAAUGAAAUCAGCGAUAAACCCAUUUGAUUCACAAGAAGCCAAGCCCUACAAAAACGAUCCUGAAAUUUUAGCAAUGACUAAUUUAGUAUCAAGUUAUCAAAAUAAUGAUAUUGGUCAGUUUGAAGAUAUUCUCAAGCAAAAUAGAAACAAUAUUAUGGAUGAUCCAUUUAUUAGAGAACAUAUUGAAGAUUUAUUACGUAAUAUUAGAACUCAGGUCCUUAUUAAACUAAUCAAGCCUUACACAAGAAUUCACAUCCCAUUCAUUAGUAAAGAAUUGAAUAUUGAUGCAUCUGAAGUUGAAAGUUUGCUUGUUUCUUGUAUUCUCGACAGCAGCAUCCGAGGCCGUAUCGAUCAGGUGAACCAAGUGCUUGAAUUGGACAAAAAGUCACUUUGUGCAGCUCGUUAUAAUGCUCUUGACAAAUGGACAAGUCAAUUACACUCAUUGCAUCUCGCGAUCGCUAACAAGAUGUCAUAAAUAAUUUUUCCAUUAUUAAUAACUAUUAUUAUUACUAAUUACUAAUUAUUAAUUCUAAAUAAAUAUUAAUAAAAACCACUGUUAUUAGUAUAAUUUAUAAAACUCGCGUUUUUUAAAGUGGAGUAUGUUGAUAAGAAUAAAUUCGAGUGUUAUAUUUUAUACGUAAGAAAAAAAAACUCAUACCUCGUUCUUGAUUUAAAAAAAAAAAAGAAAAAUAUAUAAUAAUAAUAAUAAUAAUAAUGCCUAAAGAUCAAUAACACAAAGUCUUUGUAAUUUUAAUUACCGUCUCACCGAGUAAUUAUAUUAAAAUUAAGCGGGUUAAGGAUAUUUUAUUAGCGGAAAAACAAGUGUAGGUUUGGUAAAAUGUGUUCCAAUUAAUUUUAAUAAUAAUAAUAACAACAAUAAAAUAACGGGAUCUUUACAAAAACCUUAAAUUACAGCGGUUCUAUUCUUAAAUAUUUCUGUUGUUUAAUUUAAACGAUAAUUAAAGUUGAAAAACUUUUUAUUAACUAACUGCAUGCAUUACGUGCACUUACUGCAACCACACAUAUAUAUAUAUUUACAUAUGUAUACCUAUAGAUUUAUAUUUGAGAAUACAUAGAUAUAGUCAAUAGAUUUGAAUGCUGAGGUGUUUCCGGUUGUUCUAAGAACCACCACGGCGGAUGAAGUUAUUCUGUGUCUCAGAGACUCUGGCAUUGUUAUUCCGACUGCGUAUACGCCUAUGUAAAUGUUGGCUCACCUACAGCGAACAAGAUAGCUCACAAGAUUCACCUUCCAGGAUCCACCAUCUAACAUCCACCAGCCAGCAUCUUAUUCAACCUCUUGCUCUUAAACUACUACAUCGCUUUACCCCUAUUACACAUACACAUAUACCUUACAAAUUUACUGCGAACAAUCCCUGUUCCUGUAGAUAAAAUUAUAAGAAUAGGUGCGAAUUAAAUACAUUUUAUUUUA